AUGUCUACGAGCAAAGAAGACUCGUCGACUGCUAAUGCUAUUGCUGCUGAUUCGAUAAUAAUAAAGGUUAAUGCGCGAUGGAUUUCAUAUAUCCAUACUAUUUUGGGAUAUGUUGCCUUUUUUUCUACGUUAAUCAUUGCUUGUCUAACGCAUUAUCAUCAGAUUGUAAAGAAUGAACAUUGGGGAUAUCCAGAGGAAUGGUUCCCGAGUGUCAGUGCAGUCACUGGUGACUGGUAUCCUGCUCGUUCAGUAUUUCAAAUCAUGAUUGCCGUGACUUCCGGUCCUCGAUUCGCACUAAUAUUUUUAUUCUACAUGAUUUCCAAUAAACCCGAUCACUUAUACCCUAAAAUACACGCUAUUGUUGGUCUCAUUCGAACGAUAUCAUGUGGUGGCUGGACAUACAUUACUUCGACGGAGGAUCAUGACAUUCACGACGUUUCCAUGAUCACAUAUGUAGUGCUGACGUUACCUUGGAUGUUGGGUUGUCUUGCUAUUGCGCCACCAAAUAACAAACAAGCACAAUCCUAUAGACGGCGGCUGGUUUUGCUGUUUUUUGGAACGUUGGUGCCGAUGACUUACUUUUUCGUCAGACAUAAGGUGUACGCUGUCCCUGGUGCGUAUACGAUUUACGCAUUUUUUGAAUGGUCACUAAUUGCCUAUGAUAUCGCUUUUGAUGCGGUUAGCCUAUACGAUUUCAACUCUCUUGAAAUCCGUGUUAUCGAUGUUACGCGUCAGCAAUCUGGCAAUAAUAGUUUUUUCAAUGGCACUACUUCCACUAUUAGCAGUGAUACUGAAAAGGCGAAGACCAACACGGCCACAACCACCACCACUAAUAAUAAUAUUACUCUAUACAACCUCGAGAAAUUUAUGUAUUCUGGAUUCUGGUAUAAUCUCCGUGGAUUUAUCGCCGAUACUUAUCUCGCAUUUGUUUAUUGGACCAUGUUAACAUCACUAGCCCUGACUAUUUGGUAUUUUCCGCUAUGGCAUAUGGGAAUAUCAGGAUUUGAAGUAUGCUUACUCGUGACUAUUUCCCCGGUACUUCUCGGAAUUCCAUCAGUUAGAUAUCUAAUUGCUACCAAUCGCAGUAUAUUUCAUCUUAUUUCUUUGUCUGGCCUCGCGGCAUACUUCUUCACUGAUCCGACUGCCCGAUUAUUUGUCGUGUCUUUUGGUGUUGCUAUGGCAAAUCUUAUGCGGACAUCCAGAUGGAUUGAGAAUCGUGACAAUACUGGAAAAUUGGAGCAUGACGCGCUUGUUUGGACAUUGGGAUUAAUUUUGAGUAAUGUAGUCAAGAUGGCAUGGUGGACUAAUAAUCCUAUAUGGCCUAUAAUGCACAAAGAGAAUGGUGGAUGUAAUUUUAUAGGACUUUUACUGGGAGUUAUUGCUGCUUUUGAGAAUAUUAUCUAUCAAAAUAAAAGUUUUGACAACGAUAAUAAAAGUAGUGUCAAGAUUAAUACAGAAGGAAAGCCACAUCAACAGCAACAUAGGUUAGAAUCCUGGUUUUUUACUGCUGGUGGAUUUGGCUCACUUUUAUUCGCAUUGCAUUCAUUACUUUCUGAUUCCUCUACAAUCACGCGUUGGGUAAUCCAAGGAUAUCCGGACACAGGUCCACUUCCUAUACCUUGGGGUGCAGCCACAAUCGUGGCAAUGUCCCUCGGUUUAGUAUUAUCCACGAAUCGUAAAAUAGUUACCAGUUUUCCUUGGUACGUGAUUGGCUGUGUAUCUUGCUCUUGUAUGUACUAUUAUCCCGCGUGGAAUGGAUAUUACGGAGGCCUGAUAUUAGCGGUUUAUUUGGUAUCCCUCGUGCCAAUAUUUAUUCAUUCGGUCACUCGUUACCCGCCUGGAAGAACAUUUUUCACUGCGAUGAUGAUUUACAACAUUUUAUGUUUGGCUCAUGUAUGGACUGUCGCUUAUGCAUUUGUACCAGCCGGUGAAUAUUUACGUGAACAUACCGAUUAUGUCUUAUUUGCAAUGAUGCUUUUAAUUGGUGCUGGAGUUCUUGACGCGUCUUCUGCUGAUUUCAGUUAUAAACAGCUACAAAUUAAUCAAAUUCGUUCAGUGAGAUCUUUGACAAAAAUUGGAUUAGCAGCUUUGAUUGUUAUUUCAUUUGUUAUCGUUUUCAUUAGACUUCCAUCUCAACCACCACAACCUUAUCACCCAGAUCAAAAACUAUUGACCGCGGGAAUAUGGACAGUGCAUUUUGGUCUUGACAAUGACAUGUGGGCUAGUGAAUAUCGAAUGCGAGAUGUAAUCAAAGAACUGGAACUUGAUGUCAUCGGUCUAUUGGAAUCGGAUCUCGAAAGAAUAAUUAUGGGCAACCGGGAUUUGACACAAUUUCUAGCCGAAGAUCUCAACAUGUAUGCAGAUUAUGGUCCAGGUCCAUCGAAACACACCUGGGGAUGUUCCAUGUUAUCAAAAUUCCCGAUUAUAAGUUCAACACAUCAUCUCCUUCCUUCACCCGUGGGAGAACUGGCCUGCGCUAUUCACGCUACACUUGACGUAUAUGGUCAACCAGUUGACGUGAUAGUGAGUCAUAACGGCCAAGAGGAAGAUCCCGAAGAUCGAAGAUUACAAACAACAGAAUUAGCGCGAAUCAUGAAUGAAAGCAAGAAUCCGUUCAUCUUUCUUGGUUAUGUAGUUACGAAACCAUUGAAUGGUAAUUAUUUCAUUCUCACUCUCGAUGGUCGAAUGAACGAUAUAGAUCCUUUAGAUGAUGAUCGGUGGUGUGAAUAUAUUGUUUAUCGUGGAAUGAAACGUACGGGCUAUGCACGUAUUAGUCACGGUGGUCUAACUGAUACAGAGAUACAAGCUGGCAAGUUUCAGGCCCUCACAGACAAAAAGUAUAACCCAGACACCUGGAAAGCUAGUUAUCGACGUAUAGAAGAGGAAGAAAUCGCACCCGGGUUACGGUUUCCAGCAAAGUUUAAGGGGGAUGGAGUUCGUGGGCAUCAUUAUCAUGUUUUUAAUGAACCACGAUAUUAUGAUUAA